AUUUCUUUAAUGCAUUAUGCUAAAUCGAGUGUAUAUAUAUGGGGAAGAAUUCGGUCUUGCUCGCUGCAACAGACUCAUCUGCUAACCACAGUACUGAAGACCUCAUCUGCAGAGCCAUGGAAAACCCCGAGAAAGUCAACAAGGGUCAUCAGGAGGAGAAAGCAGCGCUGGUUGUGGCAGAUAAAGUGGACUGGAAAGGAAGGAAAGCUCUCAAACAUGAACAUGGAGGGAUGAAAUCGUCCUUGCUCAUAUUAACGACGUUUGGAUUCGAGAACUUGGCAACGUUCUCGCUGGCAGUGAAUUCGGUGGGAUACUUCAAUGGAAUAAUGCAUUUCGAUAUUAUCGAUGCUGCUAAUAUGCUCACCAACUACAUGGGCACUAGUUACUUGCUCGCCAUCCUCGUCGCUGUCGUCGCCGACACUUGGUUUGGCAGAUUCAAAGCUGUCAUAGUCUCUGGUUGCUUUGAGUUUUUCGGACUAGUGCUGCUAACAGUUCAAGCACACUACCCCCACCUGAAGCCACCACCUUGCGUCAUGUUGGAUCCACAAUCUCACUGUGAGACACUCAGUGGCGGCCACAAGGCUCUGCUCUUCCUCGGUCUUUAUCUCCUGGCUUUCGGCAGCUCUGGAAUCAAAGCUGCGCUUCCCUCACAUGGCGCCGAUCAGUUUGACGACAAAGAUCCCAAAGAAGCCUCCCAAAUGUCAACCUUCUUCAACUAUCUCUUGGUCGCCGUUUGCCUCGGGGGCGCCGUCAGCUUGACGCUCGUUGUCUACGUGCAGGACAACAAAGGAUGGGACUGGGGUUUUGGGAUCUCCGCCAUCGCUAUACUGUUGGCCCUCAUAAUCUUUGCCUCGGGAUUGCCUCUCUAUAGGCUUCAGAUUGUUCAAGGAACUAGUGCUAUCAUUGAGAUCAUACAGGUCUUUGUUGCCGCAUUUCGGAAUAUAAAUCUCCGCCUUCCUGCAGAUCCUGCAGAACUCUACGAGAUUGAACGUGACAAAGAACCUGCCUCCGAAAUAGAAUUUUUACCUCACAGAGACAUUUACAGGUUUUUGGACAAAGCAGCCAUCAAAACCAAACGCACAACGGAAGUUGAGAAUUGUGAGACUCCAAAUCCAUGGAAACUGUGCAGGGUCACGCAAGUGGAGAAUGCCAAGAUCAUCUUAGGCAUGGUCCCAAUAUUCUGCUGCACGAUCAUUAUGACCCUGUGCCUAGCUCAGCUCCAAACCUUCUCCAUCCAGCAAGGCCGAACAAUGGACAGCCAUAUUUCAAAAUCUUUCAAAAUUCCUCCAGCAUCUCUCCCAAUCAUCCCAAUCCUGUUCUUGAUCAUCAUCGUCCCUGUCUAUGACCUCAUUUUUGUGCCUCUUCUUCGCAAAAUCACGGGCAUCCCCACUGGAAUCACCAACUUGCAGCGUAUAGGAGUUGGCCUCAUUCUCUCUUGCAUCUCCAUGGCUCUGUCUGCAGUGAUUGAAGUAAAAAGAAAACAAGUGGCAAGAGAUCACAACAUGCUCGAUGCUAUACCAGUACGUAAUCCAUUGCCCAUGAGCACAUUCUGGCUUUCCUUUCAGUACUUUGUGUUUGGCAUUGCUGACCUGUUUACUUAUGUGGGGCUGCUUGAGUUCUUCUACUCUGAGGCACCAAAAUCGCUGAAAUCUACAUCAACCUGCUUCCUCUGGACCUCAAUGGCUGUCGGAUAUUUUCUGAGUACCAUAGUGGUGAAGAGUGUGAAUAGUGCCACCAAGAAUAUCACCAGAAGUGGAGGAUGGUUGGCUGGUAACAAUAUUAACAGAAACCAUCUGAAUCUAUUUUACUUGUUCCUUUCCGUGGUGAGCUUUAUCAACUUCUGUAUCUAUCUGAUCGUUUCAAGCAGGUACAAGUAUAGGACUCAAGUUCGGGAAGUAAAACAGGGGGGUUCCAACGAUUGAAUGUAGAGAACCAAAAAAGUAGAGUAUGAUGAAAUGUAUAAUUAGUGAAAGUUAGAGUAGUUUGUACCGUUUAUUUCAUUUUCUCUUCGAGAAAAUGAUUGCGAUUGGGUAAAAGUAAGAUAGAGGUGUGAUUAUUUGUUUACUUCAGAAGUUGGAAGUUGUUAAGUUUAAACAUAUAUGGAAGCUUUUUUUGUACUUGAA